AUGAUUGUCCGCUGGUGGCUAUUCAAAGAUGUUUUUCUUGCAUCUUUCAUCUUUACACACUUCUUUCUUCAAAGUUUAAUCUCCAAAGCUCCCAUUUACUCUUCUUCCUCUCCCCCCCCCGUCUAUCCAUCUGGAACGUUCAUCUCUCUUCAUUACUCAUUCUUUUACUCUCUUUCCGUCACUUUUUCAUUACUCCCUACUCUCUAUCUAUCUAUCAAUCUCUUUAAUACGAUAUUCUCAACACUUUUGACUGCGUUCUUCUUUAUUUAUUUACCGCCAUUUUUCUCUCAUUUUUACCACCUUUCCUCAUAUCAGACUUAUGUUUCUUUCUUUACCACGCAACCAAGUCUUCCAGCAGUCUGUAAUUCUCUUACUACUUCUUGUGAUAUUUGCUUCCUUCGCUGCCUGCAAGAUGCGUUUAAUAGUCGACACACAUAUGCCGCCGUCAUCUACCCGUUCUUCCCUUUCAUUUAG